CUAUCUUGGCACAGAAACCGCAUUUUCAUCACCCUUCUUCCUAACCUUUUCCUAAUUUCCCUCUUUCCUUCUCUGUUUCGCGCAUGCUUUUUGAGGCCGGCCCUCUCUUUAUUUCAUCUCACCACAUCUCCUCCGCCUUCUUCCUCUUCCAGCUUUCACUAUUCUCCCGCUAUUUGCUAAUUCUCUUCCUAAUCUUUUCAAAUCUCUCUUUGGACUCUAUAUCAGUCCUUUGUACUAAGACUUUUGGCACUGAGCUGGGAAUCAUGUGAAAUGCUUAUGCAAGUUGGGGGUUUGCAAUUCUGGGCUGGGUGUCUAUGAUAUCGUGACAAUCGUUUGGUAGAUUUGCCGGUUUUGAUUAAGCAGCCCUUGUUUGGAUUUAUGCUCUUGCUUCUGUGCUGUUUGGGUGUGUUUGACCCGGCGAAUUGAUGGAUGAACUAGCUGUGGCAGCUUUCUUUUUCUCGGAUAAUGCUUUGUAGGUGUUUGAUGUCUGUAUCUUAGCAGGUUUUUAAGGGUUUAAUUCAUGGAGGCUAAAUUUCGGGGGAAGAAUCAGUAUGUCUAUGGACCUGUGGUGCCGGAAAUGAAAGCGGUUGGAAAUAGGAGUUUGGAGUGGAAUUUGGAAGACUGGAAAUGGGACGGAGAUCUUUUCACUGCUAGUCCGCUAAAUCCAGUUCCUUCUGAUUGUAGAAAUAGGCAAUCUUUCCCAGUUGAUCCUGAAAUCCCUGCGAAAGCUAAUCCUUCUAACAUUUUAUCUUCUAAUUGGGAUGAUGCCAACCCAGAGAAAGGAAAGAGAGAAUUGGAAAAAAGGAGGAGAGACGUUAUGUCUGAAGAUGAUGAGAUGAAUGAUGAAGCUGGCUGUCUAAAUUUAAACCUUGGGGCUCAAAUUUACCCCAUCAUGGAAGGGGAUGAAAAAAGUGGAAAGAAGACAAAGAUAGUUGGGAGUGGGACUACUUCAAACCGAGCGGUUUGUCAGGUGGAAGAUUGUAGAGCCGAUCUUAGUAAUGCGAAAGAUUACCACCGUCGGCAUAAGGUCUGUGAUAUGCAUUCCAAGGCCAGCAAAGCACUGGUAGGAAAUGUUAUGCAGCGUUUCUGUCAACAGUGUAGCAGGUUUCAUGUUCUUCAAGAGUUUGAUGAGGGGAAAAGAAGUUGUCGGAGGCGUUUGGCAGGCCACAAUAGGAGGAGGAGAAAGACACAUCCUGAUGCUGUCGUUAAUGGAGGCUCCCUGAAUGAUGAAAGGGGCAGCAGCUAUUUGUUAACAAGUCUUCUUCGUAUACUGUCCAAUAUGCACUCAAAUGGCUCAGAUGCUACUAGGGACCAAGAUAUUCUCUCUCAUCUGCUAAGGAAUCUGGCAAGUCUGGCUGGUACAAUCAAUGGAAGGAACAUAAGCUCCUUAUUGGAGGGAUCCCAAGGUUUGGUGAAUGCUGGAACAUCUGGAACUUCCGAAAAAGUGCCUAAUCUAAAUUCAAAUGGCUCUGAACCCAUCAGAUCUCCUGGUUCUUCCAUCAAGACAGAUAAUGGUCUCAGCAGUCGUGACCCUCCAAAGCCUAUGGGACAGUCUGAGACAGUGCCUGCAUAUGAUAUGGCGCAAAAAUGCUUACCUUCAGGUGAUGUUGGGGUUGGAAGUUUAAAAUCUCCUUCAGGAUCACAGCCUUCAAAUACGCUUCUGUCAAGGGAUAACCCUCCACUCCAAUCAGUUGCAGCAGAAACUACAAUUAGAAGAAACGGUUUAAAUCACAUUGACCUCAAUAAUGCAUAUGAUGACGUGCAAGAUGAAGCCGAGAACCUUAGGAAGUCUCAUCCACCGGGGCCUUCGGGUAUUGGGUCUUUUGAUCAUCCUUCCUGGUUACAACUUGACACUCAAAAGUCAAGUCCACCACAGACAAGCAGAAACUCGGAUUCAACCUCCUCUCAGUCACCUUCUAGUUCUAGUGGAGAAGCUCAGACUCGCACGGAUCGAAUUGUUUUCAAACUCUUUGGGAAGGAUCCAAAUGAUUUUCCUCUUGUUCUUCGAUCACAGAUUCUCAGCUGGUUAUCCCACAGUCCCACAGAGAUCGAGAGCUAUAUUAGGCCAGGCUGUAUCAUAUUAACAGUUUAUCUCUGUCUAGAAAAAUCUGCAUGGGAGGAGCUCUGCUGUAAUUUAGGACUCAACUUGAAAAAGCUUCUUGCUGCAUCAAAUGAUUCUUUCUGGACGACAGGGUGGGUGUAUACAAGAGUGCAGCAUUCUGUAGCUUUUCUGUAUAAUGGCCAGGUUGUCUUAGACGUUCCCUUGAGCCUUAGAAGCCCACAACACUGUAGGAUUUCAUGUGUUAAGCCACUUGCUGUUUCUUCAAUGGCAAGCACUCAAUUUCUUGUCAAAGGUGUCAACCUUUUCCAUUCUAGCACAAGGUUACUCUGUGCACUUGAAGGAAAGUAUCUGGCACAGUAUAGUUGUUGUGACUUGAUUGAUGGUGUUGAUCCAGCUAUUGAACAUGAUGAGCAUCAGUGCCUUAGGUUCGCUUGCACUAUACCGAGUGUUACUGGGAGGGGAUUUAUUGAGGUGGAAGAUUUUGGUCUUAGCAGCUGUUCCUUUCCUUUUAUUGUUGCGGAGCCAGAAAUUUGUGCAGAGAUCUGUAAUCUGGAGAGUGUGAUUGAGGCUGCUGAGAUCUGUAGAGAUGUACGGAUGAGAAGCAAACAAAUGGAAGAAAAGACUCGAGCCUUGGAUUUCGUACAAGAAAUGGGUUGGCUCCUUCAUAGAAGUCGCAUGAAAGCUAGGUUGGGUCCCAUGGCACCUGUCCAGGAUCUGUUUCAUUUCAAUCGGUUCAAGUGGCUUGUUGACUUCUGCAUGGACCAUGAUUGGUGUGCUGUGAUGAAAAAGCUUCUGGACAUUGUGUUUGAGGGUACUAUUGAUGCAGGAGAGCAUGCCUCUGUCGAGCUUGCAUUGUUAGACCUGGGUCUUCUACAUAGAGCUGUGAAGAGAAAUUGCAAGCCUAUGGUGGAACUACUGCUGAAAUUCGCACCAGUCAAAUCUUCAGAUGGUGAAAGUAAGGACAAAGAAGUUGCCAAGUACACUGACAGAUUCUUAUUUAAACCUGAUAGUGUUGGCCCUGCUGGUUUGACUCCGCUUCAUGUUGCGGCAAGCAUGCAUUGCUCAGAAAAUGUGUUGGAUGCUUUAACUGAUGACCCUGGAAUGGUGGGAAUCAAGGCUUGGAAAAGUGCCCGGGACAACACAGGUUUGACCCCAGAGGAGUACGCAUCCAUGAGGGGCUACCACUCCUACAUUCAACUUGUCCAGACAAAAGCAAGCAAGAGAAGUGAUGAAACUCAUCAUUAUGUGCUUGACAUCCCACCUUCCCUUGUAGAUAGUAACACAAAGAAGAAGCAAAGGUCAUCAUCGAAAGUUUCAAGCUUGCAAACCGAGAAGAUUAAAAUGGCAGCAGCAACGAUUGCACAUCAGUGCGGACUGUGUCAGCACAAGCUGGCUCGUCACAGCACGAGGACAGCACUGGUUUAUAGGCCAGCAAUGCUAUCUAUGGUGGCCAUUGCGGCUGUAUGUGUCUGUGUGGCUUUGCUCUUCAAAAGCUCACCCCAAGUUUCUUAUGUCUUCCAGCCCUUCAGAUGGGAAUCAUUAGAGUAUGGCUCAAUUUAGUGUUUUUGCAUAUCAGGUGUUCUUUUGCAGCAAGCCUGCAAUUUGUUUCUUUCAUCCCUCAUCUUCCUCCCCCCCCCCCCAAUCUUCUAACUUUUUGAAAUGUGGGAGUCACAGUUAUUGGUAUAUAUAAUAUAUAUACAUCAAUGGCAGUUUUAGCUGUCAUGAAAAUAUUUAGAUGAGGGUGACUUCUUCAGCAAUUUAUGUUUAUAAUUGAGUAACUCAUGCUACGGUAUAAGGAAUGUAUGUAGUGAUAGGAUUGAGCUUGUAGAAAUGUAGGAGAAUGCCUUGUAUUAGUCGAAUAAUAUGAAAAGGGGUUUUCUGAUGUGGGCUGGUAAUAUUAGUUAUUAAUGAGCUCGAUUCCUUUAA